ACAAUAGGCUGAAUAAGACUACCAAGAGUAUAGCAUAUAAGAGACCCAAAAAAUUGUACAUAUUAUCUACGAGCAUUGGCUAUGUAGUUCAAUCUGCACGUUUUAUUCAUAUAGAGGCGCUAGUGAUAGGAAACACCUUUUGACUGUAAGUAUACGACAUGACCCUCUGUUAAUAAAGGUGUGAUUCACUUGAUUCUACAAAAAUGCCUUGAAACGUGUUUGAUUGACCAAUUAGAACCAAAAAUUUUAUGCACUGAUCAAUUAAAGAAUGCUUUGAAGUGUUUAUAGCAUUAUAUCAAAUGGAUCACACCGUAAGGCUUAUUAUAUAGCACUAUCAUUUAAAAAAUAUUUCUAAAAAAUUGUAGUACUUGAAAAAAUAUGUACAAUUUUGAAAAUAUACAUACAACUACAGUUCCUUUAAUAAUAAACAAUUGAGAAAGAAUGAAUAAUUAAUUUUUUUAAGAUAUUUUAUUUAAAUGUAAGAUUUUCCAGUUGACGGUAGAUGACGUUUAAAUCAUAUGUCACGUGGUGGACCCGGUGGAGUAAAAGGGCGGGAAAGCAAUAAGCAUCGGCCAGGCAAGUAAUUGAAGGAGCAUGAAGCAGCAUGAGGGAGCUAGGAAAGAGCUAGAAAGUUACAAAAUCUCAAAGAUAUCAAAUACUAUCGUUUCCACAGACGUAACCUAAUCCACGACGUUCGUCACCUCUUCACGUGUGCUUUAUUUAUUACCAUUUAUUACGUUUAUCUUCAUCUCCACCGCGCAACCAGAAAUAGAUCACUGUAAGACUGGAGAAUGGAUUACAAGACACGUCGACGUCACACGGCCGUUGCGGAUGUAAAUGGCCUCAACAAUGAUUAUCCUUAUGACAUUCAGAUGUACGAUGUGCCGCCGAUAGGAGAAAUGUCACUGGAGGAGUUUCAAGAGCUGGGAUUUGACAGAUUAAAAGCAUUACGGUUGACAGAGACAACAAAUUGCAGAGGCGAUUUAAAAACGCUGGAGGAUCGUAAGAAAGCAUUCUGUGAAUCGUUAAAAUCCGAUGGACUAAAGUAUUAUGCGAACCUCUUGUAUGCCGAUGGAUCCAAUCCACAGUCAGAGGAGCAUUCACAGACCAGAAGGAGAGAUCACAUUUCACAUUUUAUUUUAAGAUUAGUAUACUGCCAUGAUAAUGAACGAGCCAAGUGGUUCAUUAAUCAGGAAGUCGAAUUUUUCAAAUUAAGAUUUAGCUCUUUAGAUAAGAAGGGCAUUGAGCAUCUGUUGAGUACUAACAAUCUGGAUUGUAUGCCUAUUUCCCAAGAUGAAAAACUUGAUCUGAAAGAAGAGCUUAGCUGGUCUUGUGGAAAAGUUACAAAUAUUGAUAUCACUGAUAUUUAUAAAGUACCUUUCGAAAAAGUUAUUGAUUUGGUUAAAGGACGGAAAGUAUACCUCAAAGCAGGAAUGGCAUAUAUUACUCAUAUGGAUCUAAGUUCUGUGUUUGUCUCCUAUUUUAGAAAAAAUUUAGUUACAGGAUUAGAGAAUGCAAAAAUUCAAUACAACAAUAUAUCAGAUGAUGAAAGAUUGACUAAAUACUUAAAUGGUCUUCCUUCAGCUUUUUCUGGCAUGGCACGUGUUGUGUGGUCAACUACAACCACACCCAUCGAUAAACUGAAUGAUUUAUCAAAAUCAUCAUAUCCGUUAUGCAUGAGAACACUUCACGAAGCGUUGUUAACCAACAAUCAUUUAAAAAAUUCAGGGCGCAUGCAGUAUGGAUUAUUCUUAAAAGGUAUAGGUGUGACCCUAGAAGAUGCUCUUCGUUUUUGGAGAGACGCCUUCUCAAAAAAAACAGAUGGAGUUGGAUUUGAAAAAAAUUACGCCUACUCCAUUAGGCACUAUUAUGGUAAAGAAGGGAAACAAACAAAUUAUACUCCAUAUGGUUGUCAAAAGAUUAUAUCUAGUUCAGUUGGACCUGGAGAAUACCACGGUUGUCCUUUCAGACAUAUGGAUCGUGAUUCGCUUUGCCAAAAGUUAACAAGUUGCGGCAUAUUCGCCUCUAAUGUGAGUGAAAUAUUAGACUUAGCCAAGGAUGGACAAUAUCAUUUAGCAUGUGCUAAGUAUUUUGAAGUUAUCCACAACAAAUCAGCAAGCAAACCACUUUUACAUCCCAAUGCAUAUUUUAGUGAAAGUCGUGCAAUUUUAACUGAGGACGAGAGUGAUAAAGAUAUAGAUAGCAAAGAGAAAUUCUCUCAAAGUACGGUUGGAACUCCCGGAAGCCUAUCUUCAAGGAGAAGCGAUAAAUUUCCUACACCUUCUAGAAUAACAGAGUUUGCUGGGACACCAAAGAGGAAUAGAUAUGCUACACCUACGAGAAGUAUAGACACGAUCGGCACUCCUUCGAGAAAAGAUCAAAAAACAAAUUAUCAAACGCCUUCCAAAAAGAAUAAAAUGACACCAAUAAAUAUUGCAGAAAUGCUGAACGACGAUGAUUUUACAGAAUUUAUGGAUGUAGAUACUAUGGAUCAGAGUUAACACAUACCAUUCUGUCUUUAUAUUAUAUGUAUAUUUUUCGCAUUUUAUUUACGAAAUUUCUUUAGUUAUAUAUUUUUAUUGCUAUUUAUCAAUAUUCUUUUUAUCAAUAAUUAUCAAAUUAGAAUUAAUAAAUAUUUAUAUACAAAAUAAUCUCUAGAAUCUAUAUUCUCAAUUCAUUUUUAUCGAUAAAUGUACCUUUAGGGAUGUGGUUUAUAUUAUGUAUACAUAUAAAAUCUCAAAUGUUCGUACUUAUUAUUAAAAGAAUUGAAAA